AUGGUACAAACACUGCGACAAUAUAACCCUACUCCUCCUCCUCCUCUCCUCUACUUCGCGUUUCUCGGCGUCUUGUAUAUUCAUGGAUUUGGAUAUGCAGCUGCAGAUGGGGGAAUUAAUCCAAGUUUUCAGGAUAAGAUCAUUUUAGAACUCACGGAAAUCGCCAGGGAGCUCAUCGUUGUUGUUGCCAAGAACAGGGCUUUCGCUCCCGAUGAAAUUGAUUCCACUGGACGCGGUUCCUCAACAAAGUUCCGUGAGUGUUCCCCUGUGCCCUCCAAAAGGGAAAUACCAGCUGACACCUGGAGGUCCAAGAGUUCCGUUAUGGGUGGCAGGAGGUUAUACUACCUUCAAGCUGCACCGUCACGUUAUAGUCAGUCUUUAGCUGUAUAUCCGCCAUUUCCAUAUCCGCCUGCAAACGCAAUGCCCUAUUACAUUCCUUCAUCGCCAUCACCUUAUUAUCCUCCGCCACCCCCGACAACAUCAGCCUCUUCUUGA